AUGGCUAACUCAACGCCUGAAGAGAUAGCAGCUAUGCGUACAUGUCUUGAUGCCCAGAUCACUUAUGAAUUGAAUAGAGCUCAGAUGCUGAAGAAACAGUCUUCUAGAAGGAUUUCAAAAUCGUUGCUUAUGAUUGCUAGUAACAUACAUAUACUUGAAUCAGUGAGGCAGCAGUAUAAAAAAACUCAUGACUUGUUGUCUUCUCAGUAUUCUUAUGAGCUUCUUCUGCAAUUUCUGCAUAAGUCUCAAUCUACCACUGUACUUGGUAUUAUCAAUGAGCAUAUCAACUUUCAAGUUUCUCCUGGACAGCCCAACUUAAUUUCUGAUGAUGCGGAGGCUGUUACAUUGACUGGCAGCAGCCAGGAUGCAGUCAGUCAGAUUAAUCAGAAGGAAAUACAUUGGGGGAUUGAACAUGUCUAUACUCGUCACAUGCUCAGAGACAUAUCUUGCCAUGAAAAGAAUCUGGACUUGAGGCUGGAUCUGUGCACCAAAAGAACUGUAACUACUUUUACUGAUGAUGACUUGGAAAGCCUCAAAUUUUUGAUAAAUUAUGCUAGAUGUUAGGCACCCAAUAAAAGAGAGUUUGAACAAGUUCCCUCGAAGGACUAGUACACCAUCUGGGGUUCACAGUCAAGCACAACAAGCUAAAGAACAGCUACAACAUCAGCAACAGUAGUAGCAACAAUAGCAUCAUCCAAACUAUAGUUUGAAGUAAAAAAUGUUCAAGAUUAUAAAACUUUAUUAUGUUAAGCUUUCAAAUUUAAGUUAGAACUAAGAUCUCAUGAAGUAGACACAUUCAUGGAUUAAAUUAGUUAUUGUUUAAUGUAAUACUUAUG